AUGACCAUUCAAAAGAAAUACCAGCUCAGCAGCACUUCAUCAACCAACCAAUCAAUCAAACAAGUUCAAACCACCAAUUCACUCAAACCUGGUUUCUCAACUGGUGGUUCAUUUCAAGCUUUGGCAGUCGAAUCAAUCGAAUCAGAUUCAGAAAGCGAUUCACAAACCACCCCGAUCAUUCCAUCACAUCGAACACCUUCUACUGCCAUCUCAACUUCAACUAAAAAGGGACGCGCCAAACAACGUGCUCGUGAUCGAGCUGUAAAUCAGCUGGUACCUCUACUUUAUCUGAUCCAACUGAAUUCUGGAACAAUACCAGUUUUAAUAAGAUCAUUCAUCCAUUUGUUCUCACCGGAAGAACUACAACUAAUCAAAACCGGUUUAAUUGUUUUCAAUUCAAAUGGAAAGAUCUUUGGAAUCGAAAAAGAAACCUUGACAAAUCAAGAAUGGAAUCUAAAAAGUGAUGUGAUUCGUUUAUUGAAGAGGAAUUGGAUUCAAAAGAAGAAGUUAAUCGAUCGAGAUUCUGAGAAAUGGAGAGAUUCUUUUGCCUGGUUUUAUCGAUACUCAUACUCGUUUUUAGAUGCUGUACAGUAUACGAAUGUAGGAGUUGGACAACAAUAUGAAUUACUUGAUUGGCUUAAGAAUGUGACCUUUUUAGAAGAAACAAAAUAUUCAUACAACAUUUAUUCACAAAGGAUUUUUGAAAAAGUUGUGAAGAGAUUAUUAAAUUCAGGUACAACUGCUUGUUGUUAUUUUACUUUGAUUCAUCUUUCGGCUUCAAAAGUUUCAAGUCAAGUUUGUGUUGCUGCUGGUCAACGUGCAUUUAUUGAAAAAGGUAAUAUGGAUCGGAAUGAAACAUUUGAAAGUUUUAAGGAAAAUUCAGUGGAGGAUUCUAUAAAAGAUCAUGAGAUUGGAAUCUUGAGUUGUAUAAGAGAUGGAAUGAUUGCUACUAAAGCUUUAGUACUUUUGAUUAAGAAUUUGUUUUAUUUGGCUACUUUAGGUGGUGCAAGAGUUUGUAAUCUUGAAGAACAAAUUGGUAACUUUGUAGUUGGUAAAGAGUUUGACGGGAUUAUUGUUCACACUGGAGUUUCCUUUGAUGCGAUUGGAAAGGUUGAAGAUGAUGAAUUGAUUUGA